CGAUCCCCCGAUCUUCUCUAUUUCAGACUCUAUUUCAAAAUCGUUCAGCUAUCUUACUCGGCUUUCUCAGCAUGCGUCCAUCACUUGUCCUCCGCACGGCUGCGGUCCGAUUGACACUUUUCACACGUGCAAAUUGUGGACUGUGCGACGUGGCCAAGUCACGCAUUGCCGAAGUGCAAAAGAAACGGAGCAUCGACUACCAGGAGGUAGAUAUUAUGAGUCCAGGCCACGAGAAAUGGAAGGACGUCUACGACUUCGACGUGCCCGUGUUACACGUGGAUAAAGCAACUACCAGCCCGCCUGGCCCAACCUUGGACACCGCAAAAAAACUCAUGCAUCGCUUUACCGUGGAAGAAGUGGAGAAGGCAGUGGACGAGGUCGAACAACAUUGAUUUUUUAUAUGAGUGACGUACUACCCAGUUUGUGGGGUAGGUAUAUUUUAUUGGUAGACGCUCGGAAAGAGACAAUGAAUUUUUAUUCAUUUCUUCUGAUCCUGGGACACCAAGUUGACUGCUCCAUAUGCUGCUCCCUUGACAGCUUGGGCGGCCGCAUGGCCAUAUGAGCCCUUGGCCUUUGACAGCGAUUCUGCCAUGAACGUGGGGAUGGCAGUCAUAUCGUUGACGACGGAGAUCUAAAGUUGAUAUCCUGUCAGCAGCAGCUCCACAACUAUUGCGAAAUCUAAUGUGGCGGCAGUUGACCAGAAACUCACCAUUUGGAAUCCCAUAUCGGCAUAUCGUCUGGCAAAUUCGCCAGAGGGGCAGUAAAUCCCGGACUUUUUACCUGCAGCCUGAGCGGCCUUCAGGAUCCUCUCAAUAGCUGCCUUAAGUUCUGGAGCAAAAUCUCCGGUGACUGGGUAUCCGAUAUUGUUACCCAGAUCCCAGGGUCCGAUGAAAAGGACAUCGAUGCCAUCAACCUUGGCAAUUUCCUCGACCUAGACAACCCACCAACAGUCAGUCAAGCGAAGCCCUCAAGCAUGUUUGAUCACAAGCAUGAAAGAGAGGUGUUUUAUACGCACCGACUCCAAAGCCUCCUUAGUCUCAAUCUGAACAACAGUCAAAAGAUUCUCAUUCGCAUUCUUCAUAUACUCAUAACCAGACAAGUCGCCCUUGACAUCGAACGCGCCCAUAGAAAACGGACUGCCAAACCCUCUCUUGCCGGCCGGAGGAAACUUGGCCGUCUGAACCAGUCUCUUCGCAUCUUCGACGCUAUAUAACAACGGAACAAUGAUUCCGUGCGCUCCGGCAUCCAGGGCUCGCUUGACCAUCCACCCUUCGUUGGCGGGGAUCCGCACAAUCGGGCUGACGUUGCAGGCGGCAAUGGCGUGGACGGACUCGUGCAUUUCGUUGUCUAGCAGUCCAUCAGUAUCAGCAUUAGAAUCGCUAAUAACAUACGGAGUGUAGUGGAGUAGGUAUUAUUAUAUGUCUUUUUUGGGACUGAAUCUCACCUGCAAUAUUCCCAUGUUCGCAAUCAAUACAGAUCCAAUCAUAUCCUGCCCGCGCAA